GUAAAAAACACAACCAUUUUUUUUUCUUACCGUACCAUGAUAUGAAUCAUCUUCGCAGGGCAAGGGAAUCGCUUGAUUCUGUUACUACUAGGGUUUUGAGGAGACUCUCUUACUCCACUCAAACCCGAUUCCCCACCUCGUUUUCAGAUGCCGGCGACUCUCUGCGCCUUCGGAUUAUCACACAUGGCGGAGUUAAAAGGACCUCCAUCAUUCCGGUGCUCCAUCAAUGGAUCGAAGAAGGCAAAAGGGUCAAGCCAAAUGAGCUCGUAUCGCUCAUCAGACUGCUCCGCCAACGCCGACGCUUCAAGCAUGCCCUCGAGAUAUCAGAAUGGUUGAGCGAUGACAUGAAACAAUCUAUUGCACCUGGAGGCAUUGCAAUUCAGCUGGAUCUAAUCUCAAAAGUUCACGGACUGGAACAAGCAGAAAAGUAUUUUAAUAGCAUCCCUGAAAGUGUGAGGUCAUUGGAGCUUCAUGGUGCCCUUCUGAAUUGCUAUGCCAAAAAUAAGUGCUUGGUAAAGGUGGAGGGCAUGUUUCAAAAGAUUAGGGAGUCUUUCUCUGUAAAAAAACCAUUGUCUUACAAUGUAAUGUUAAAUCUCUAUGCUCAGCUGGGAAGACAUGAGAAGCUAGAUGCCCUAAUGCUGGAGAUGGAAGAACAGGGUAUUAACUGUGACUCCUUUACUUUUAACAUCAGAUUAAAUGCUUAUGCCUCCACUUCUGACAUAGAGGGAAUGGAGAAACUUCUACUGAAGAUGGAGGCUGAUCCUUGCCUAAAAUUGGACUGGAAUAUCUACGCUGUUGCAGCAAAUGGGUACUUGAAAGCUGGCCUUACAGAAAUGAGUUUGCCAUUGUUGAAGAGAGCUGAGCAACUAAUCAGUGAUAAUGCAGCAAAGUAUGCUUAUGAGACUCUCUUAACACUAUAUGCUUCUAGUGGGAGAAAGGAUGAAGUUUAUCGUGUAUGGAAUUUGUACAAGAAAAUGGGAAGAUUCUAUAAUUCAGGCUAUAUAUGUGUGAUAAGCUCAUUAGUGAAGUUGGAUGACUUUGAUGGUGCAGAAAUGAUUUUUGCAGGGUGGGAAUCUGGUCAUACAGUCUAUAGUGCUGACAUUCCAAUUGUGUUGAUUAGUGCUUAUUGCCAAAGAGAUUUCUUGGAAAAGGCUGAAGGACAUGUGAACAGAAUUAUAAAGGGUGGGAAGGAGCCUCAUGCAGCAGUGUGGAGUAUUCUUGCAAGUGGAUACCAAAGAAAUAACAAGAUGGAGAAAGCAGUGGCAGCUGUUAAGAAAGCAAUAUUGGCCAAUUCUCCUCUUGGGAUGCCUAACCAUCUUACUUUGGUUGCAUGUGUUGACUAUUUAGAAGCACAAGGGGAAGGGAAAGCAGCAAAUGAACUUUUGAAGAUGCUUAAAGAUCAUGGUCAUGAUAGGUUGGUAAAUAAGAUCAACAACAGAAACGUAGGUGAAAAUGCCCAUGAUCGAAAAGAUGGUAGUGCCCUUGGUCAGAUAGAAGAAAAUGUUGAGCUUCACGAUGAAGAAAAAUCAGGAUUUAUCGAGUUCAAGUAUGAAGCUGAUAGCUAAAUUUUAUUUGACAAUAGAACCAAUUUGCAUUUAUGCAGCCAGGAAAUUUUUUAAGUUAACAACAUGAAUAGCAUUUCUUUGACCAAGAUUUUAUUUUAAAUUGCAGCCCCAUCUCAUGCACCUGAUGUUAAACUUAAAAGACAUUUUAGUUCCUUGCUAAGCUCGGCCACUAGACUCAGCUAAGCUCGGUCACUGCACUCAACCAAGGCACCACUAUUCUUGAAGAAGCCCUCUGGCAUUAAGACUACCCUUAAGGAUGCUGCUAUAGCCUUUAGGGUUUGCUUUCCCCAGGAUGUAUAGUUUCCUUAAUCUCUUUGGUAUCUAUGGCAUACCAAGAAGAAAAUGAAAGUUUGAGUUUUGAAUCCAGGCCAAGAGAGCACGAAAGAUUGGCUUUUAGUAGUGAAACUGAAGAACAACAGAUCCCUAACCUAAAAUUAGCUCACAAAUAUCUAACCUUGGAUGAUAAACUUAGCAAGCUCAC